UCAGAUAAUUAUUGUAAGCAUUGGUAUUUCGUAAUAACAAGAUAAACAAAUAAUAUUCAGUUCUAUAGAACAGUCAGCAGACACAUUCUUCUAUACUCAUUCUUUAUUCGUAUUAUUGUAAACUUUAACAUGAUUAGAGGAAACAUUCUUUCACCCUCAGAAUCUGGUAGGUUUAUUGCUGAACAUUCUCAUCAUGUUCAAUUAAAUUCAGAAGGUAUUGAGAAGUUAAGUGUCGAGAUGUUAAAAAACACAGAAGAAAAUAAACUGAUCAUAUCCUCCACUGGUACUGAAGACAUUCAGCCAUCAAGGGAUCACCCUAAAGCAGCUGAUUGGAUAUUUGUGACAGAUACACUUAAUUUCUGCUUUUGGUCGCAGAAUAAGGAUCUAGAGUGGAGGGUGAAUGGAAACACGGGAUACUGUGCUUUAGAAGCUGCCUUAUACAGAGCACUGAAGGAUGGCUAUGAUAUCACAAAUCCAGAUUAUUACUCUAAAAUAACAUCAGAGGAUCUUUCCAUAAUAAUGAAAGGAGAUACUGAUGCUCGGAUACCCUUGUUUAAUGAAAGACUGACAGUACUGCAUGAAGUCGGAGCUAUAUUGAUAGAUAAAUAUAAUUCUACAUUUGAAACCUGUAUUUUGCAAGCAAAUAAGUCGGCUGUUAAAUUACUCCAGAUUAUAGUCAGUAACUUUCCAUGUUUUAGAGAUGAGGCUGUUUAUAAGAAACAGCCGGUAUCUUUGUAUAAACGAGCACAGAUACUUGUGGCUGAUCUGUGGAAUUGCUUUGGUGGGCAAAAAUGGGGAGAAUUUCAUGACAUUGACAAGUUGACAAUGUUUGCUGACUACAGAGUACCACAAGUAUUGGUUAAUUAUGGUGUGCUGAGUUAUAGCCAUGAACUAAUGGAAAAAUUAAAAAAUAAUGAGUUACUACCCUGUGGAUCAGAUGAAGAAGUAGAGAUUAGAGGUUGUUCUAUUCAUGCUGUGGAAUUAUUGAAAAAGAGAUUAGAAGAGAAAAUAAGAGAAGAAGGGAAAAGUGUGGAAGUUCCUAACUCUAGUAUGAUUGAUUAUUACCUUUGGUGCUACAGGCGGAAACAUGCACAAGAGAUGGAAAAUAUUCCUUAUCACAAGACAUUAGGCAUAUUUUAUUGAUAAUACCAGUAGGUACUAAAAAAGCAAGUAAAUUUAAAUUACUAUUUCUUUGACGAAACAAUAACUGAGGUUUUAACGUGAGCCAGGUAUAAUAGUUGCAUUUACUAAUUAUAUGCUGACUGCCUUGUAAAUAAUCCAUCAAAAAAUACAUAUUUUUAUAUAUUGGAAACCUAACACUACAUAAUGUAUCUAGUUCUGCGUUAAGUUUCCGAGAGAGUGUGAUAUGAAAUGAAAAGUGUACAAUGUCGUGUUAAGGAGGUAGUUUAUAAUUAAACCUACUCCAACCACCUAUCUCUAUAGUUGUAAAUCCAAAACAAAGAACAAUAAUUCAGUAUAAUAAGUCGUAAGUUAGUUAUUAAAAUAGUCUCAUUUUAUGCUUGACUGCUCAUGAACUAUGUUCCUUAAAGCCCAGUGGUCUGAAACAACCAACCUUCUGAAUUUUUUUUUCCCUUUAUUAUUCACAAUUAAAAGUAUAACAGAGAAAAUACAUAAUAUAAAGUCACCCACAAGAAACCACAUAAGGUUUAUCCGUGGGGAUGAGAUCACACUUAAACAAAGGCAAACCAUUUAGUGUGUCUGGCCAUAAAUACUGCCAUUUCCGCCUACUAUAUGCAUUGUUUUAUUUAGGUAAUAUGUAUGUGUUUAGAUAGGACAGACUACGGAGGUGUGGUUGCCGUGACCGUCUUAUUAAAACCUUAAUGUUUGAGAUUUCUUCCAUUAUAACUCAUAAUUUUUAUCUCAUAGUAGACAUUUACAAUUCUGCAAAAUUUAAACAAACCCAUUUCGUUAUUUUUAUAUUUCUUUCUAAUGUGUAUGCUUAUCUGCUAUCUCUAAUGGCUCAUACUGGCUAUGUGUACGCGCAUGAUGGAGACAGUUGUGGUCAUGAGCAACAAUGAUUGGACGGAAUGUUGACUUGUUAUGUGAACUAUGUAUGUGCAGCAUUUUAGUUUUUGAUGCAUUUAUAAUAAGUCCAACAUCAUGGGCCCAUUUACUUAAUGAAUCGAAGUUACGUUGCAUUAUGUUGUAAUUUAUCUGAAUUUUUAUGAGCAGCUAAUAAACAAGUAUCGUCAGCUGGUAUACAGAUAUUCCCUCGAAAAUAUUGCACAUGUCAUUUACAAAAAUUAAGUACUCGGUCUGCGAGUUGAAUUAGGCGUUGUUUUGCGGAAAUCCAUUUUUAUCCAAUUCUUGUGAGUUUUCUUAAGUGUAAAUUCCCAAAGAUUUGUCUUCAAUCAAUUCAACAGGUGUUUCGCCUCCACACAAGGCAUCCUGAGCCUGAGAACAAUUUGGUGAGUCAACAUUUGCUGUGGACCUCGGUAAAUGCUGGCACUAGGCUAGUCAGUCCCUAGUUCAAAUUCCGGUUGGUGUGAUAUCUUGAGGAUGUUUAUUUCUGAGUCAUGAAUGUUGAUAUCUGUUUAUGUAUGUUUAAGUAUGAUAUAUAAUACAAUAAUAAACCCUAAUAAUUAUUAAUUAGACUAUCGAGCAUAAUAUUAGGUAGACCUAGAGCUCUGAUCAUGCAAAUCUUAUUACAAAAAGUACAAAAUAACUUACAUGUCAAUAUACCUUUAUAUUAAUAAAAUACUAAUAUUUGUAUAUGUGUAACAUAUUCUCCUACCUAUUCUCCAGAACGUAGGAGGAACUCACGUUCUUGUGAGACAGUGAAAUAUCGUAGAGAACGUUUGUUACCUAUGAAAAAUUUCGUUCACGCCAAGAAACACUUGAACAGUAGGUAUGAGUCUAGAUUCAAGAACGUCUGAACAGCAAGCGCAUAGGUUACGCCUUAUUUAUUACCAUCUAGCCAACGAUUCUGCUGAGGGGAGGGCUCAUAGACUCGGCCUUAUUUAGGAUCGAUUAGCCAACAGUCUGUCUUCCUGAGAACGUGAAAACUGGCUGGCGUCAGCGCGACAAACGUCACAAAGACUAUGUUCAAUGAUUUUCUGACCACUACAAAUCAGUACGCUAAAUCACCCUGUACAGUUUGUUAGAAAGUAUUGUAUCAAAAACAACAAAUGUCAUUAGUGCCUACACGUUUCGAUUUCCUUCCGCAAGAGUUAGUAGCCUUGUUAUUAUCGUAUGUUCACGUUGCUCAACUAGCAUAAAAAAAGUUCCUUCUCAAACAAUAUGGAAGUUAUAUUAUUUGCCUCCUUAACUGGACGACUUGAUAGACAUCGAGCAAAGGCUUUUGUCAAGAGUAGUUCCAUUUAUAAAAAUAUUUUUGCUACAAAAUCGCUUUAGCCAGAGUUGGUGUCGUGGACCAGUAAUUUUAUUUGCUCAAGACGUUGUCGAAGUCUCUGAGAAGUUACCGUUGCGUUUAACUGGGGAGGUUUUGUGUUCGUAGUUUAAACACUGAACUGAAAAUUUACCAAAUCAGUUUCAAAAUCAAAAUUAUUUAAUCCGCACCAAAUUGGUUGCUAAAAUAAAACCAUUUAUAUCGUGAUUUAAGACCGAGUUUCGCAAAUACAUUAAGUAAACUGCGAUAUUUCACAAAUUAUAGAAGCGUCGGAAAAUAAUCAGGAUAAAAUAAAUAACGGCUUUAAUGCAAAUGUGAAUCAUAUCGAUGGUUUUAACCAGCAGGUAAAUAGUAAAUUUAUAAGCCCUAAUAAUAAUGCGUCUGUAUUGUGCUGAUAAUUCAAUGAAGGUAGUGACAGAUUAGGAUCUUCUAGCAGGUAGUGUACCUACUGCUAUAGCAGCCGUAGCUUGCGUCGCUUGUUAUAAUUCUGAUCCAAUUACAUGGACUGUUGGUGAUUUGGAUAUCAUAAUAACAGUCGGGGAUAAAUUUUAUCGACAAUGUUUGACAGCAAGGCCUGUACCAGAUCCUAGUGAAAUAAAUUCUGAUUAUUGAGCUGCGACAGAACCUUGUCCUUGAGAUAUCAUAUCUGGGACAAGAGUACUAGGGUCCCUGUAUAAAUAUGAACAUGAUUUAUCAAUUAAUAGCAACGUUUCGAAAGAUAAAGAAGGAUUACUUAUAGUUGAUGGUCGAAAAGAAUUUGAUAUUGGAGCUUUGACUAAGUAAUGAUUGAACGACAAAUUACGCAUCGCGUAUAAACAUUUAUUGCACUUAUAAAAAAAAUGUGAAUGUUUUGGCGGACCUGUAGUUGACGACUCUUAUAGGAUGGAAUUUAAAAGCUAGGGAAGUCCCAAUUUGCACAUGCUGUUACCAUAACAACGUUGUUGUUGACGACCGUUGUUCGACCGAUGUUGUCCCAGAUUUUCACUGAAAGCUUUAGAAUUUUUAACAAAGUUGUGUCCUGUUCUGUGAAAGACGAACUAUGUGACUUAGUUACAAGAUUAGAGAGUCAUCGCCUUUUAGCAACGUGCUCUAAGGAUCGCAGUAAUCGUUCUUGUCGAUUUUGGUUCCCUCUAAGUACUGAUAAGCUAAGUGCUUAGGGCCGGAUGAGACACUAGUAAACCAAGGGCGAUUUUGUGUUUUGAAACAAAAUGAAUGGGAAUUAAUGAUUUAUAAGUACAAUUCACUAUUGCUUGAAUUAUGGCAGGCUUAUAUGGACCUGCAGCCUUGUGGUAAUUUGACAGUAAUGUGCCAGAUAUGCCAGCAAAUGUAUGGCUAAUGACUGUGACGAUAUGGUUCGAGAAGCAGCUCAGAAAGCUAAAAGGCAUGCACAUAACGUGUGGAAACAGUUGUUGCUGCAAAUUGCCUUUUUCAUUUUCCGUUAAAGAUUUGCUCUUGAGCAAAACCGUAUUCGUAAAUAGCUAAUAGCAUUCCAAACCAGCGAUACCAUUUAUUACGAUUUGACAGUGAUGAUACGUCAUCACUGUCAAAUCUUCGUUAAGUAUCUCUUAUCGAAGAUGUUCAUAACUCAGGACCGACUGUGUCGAAGAAUUAAGUUUAGCAGAGUUUCCUUUACAGUAUGAGAAUGUUUCUGGCUGUACCUGGACGAUGACAAUGGUGAUAGCUGCGGGAACAAGAGCCUGAAGUGGCAAGUUACGGGAUAACACUAAUAUGCGCAUUAGAAAAAAAACCUCUGAAGAGCGAUCUGAACGGAUUUAUUAUAAUAUCAUAGUAUAUAGUAUAUCAUAGUUUUACAUAUAGGUACCAUUUCGGAACGAAACGAGUUAUUAAGAGCGGAUGAAACUCCAGAAGCCUGUUUUUACGACGCUAUGCGGACUUAAGUUCUCUUAAUCCAAACCAAUCUGCGGAACAAUGUGCCCAUGCUCAGAUAGUUAUAGAGCAGGCUCUUGCUCAUGCCGAAGCAUUCAAUGCGGUUAAUUCUUCCACUGAAAUAGCAACAAUAGGGUAAAUUUAUGCCAAUAUUCAAUUUGACUUACACAGUGAUGAUGAUGAUGACUAAGGAGACUUAAAUAAUCAUGUUUUAAUGCCAGAUGAAAAUUUUGGAUGGUAAUGGUAAGCUAAAUAUUGAACAAACGAAUUUAAUGAAACGAGUACCUGUUUUAAAAAAAAUCACUUAGAAAAUGUUGAGAAUUACCAACCCUUACUUUUAUUUAUAACAGGAGGACCUGGAAGUGGCAAAUCCUUUUUAUUAAAAUUAAUAGUCGAACAUGUUCGUCGUUGCUAUUCUCCUCCUAUAGAUUUAUUACUUAAACCUGCUUUUGUCGAAGUAACGUAGAGACGUUACUUCGACAAAAGUCCCCUGUUAGAGAACAGGGGUAACUGCAAGACAAAUAGAUGGUCGUACUUUCAACAAGUCUUCUCGUUAACUAUUGAAAAAGAGUCGUACAGUAACUUAUAGGAGAAUGGCGAAAUUUCGGAGAAGGAAAGACGCAAAUGGCACUUUAUUCAAUGGGUAGUCAUCGAUGUAAUAUCGGUCUCAUACCAAGUUUCUGACAUAUUCAUUUGAGCCGCGAUGGUUGAAUGCUGAGGUACAUUUAUGGAGUCAGUUUUAAUUUUGUGAACUAACCAUGAACAUGCGCCAAAGUUCAGACGGCGAGUUUGUAGAUCUAUUAAAUCAUUUACUGUUAGCGAGGGAGUGCCAAAUAUAUACAGUUAAUGCUAUAGACGAGUCCCGAGAAAACGCAACGUCUGGAAAGUGGUCUCCGUAUAAUGUUACCCUGUAGAUGUUACCAACUAUGGUGGAUUGUUACAUAGCAUUAAAGUAGCCAGAGGCUCGAGGGUGAUGCCAAGGAGAAAAAUAGUGGUCUCUGCUGGAUUAGUCAACGGACCAAUGGGUGUAAUAAAAAAAAUCAAGUGGCCAGCCCUUCGCCGUGAUCCACUAGAAACAGGAGAACUGCCAGAAGUGGUAAUGACUAAUUUUUAUGACUAUACGGUUACGGUGAUGUCGACAGAUUAAUGCUGCAACUAAUAUUAAGGUGGGAUGUUACCGUUCACAAGCUCCAAGAUACGACAUUUGAAGGGCGGUGAUAGACCUUGGAAGGAAAGGACACCGAUUCCAAAAAUUACAAUAAUCGUAACUAGAAUUAGAUUGUAAAAAAAUAUGCAAUUAUUUUUAUACUUUGUAGUGCAUAUUAUAUCUAUUGUUUUGAAAUAGUGUUUUCGAAGUCGGUUGUUUUUUUUUUGUUAAAAAAUUUUCUUUUUUACUUGAGUAUAUUUUAAAUUUCUUUUCUAUUUCUUCGUUUCGAGACUCUAUUUAAUCGUAUUGGUUAAUAUUUCUCAGUUUCUCUACUUCGUAUGCUCGCUCCGUUUUAAUGACAGGUAGCCUAAGACCCCAUUGGGAAACCGGUUAUUCUAAAUAAUAAAAUAAAUAAAUCAUAUAAAUCCAGUGUCCUGAUGCUUGUUUCCAGUGAACUCCUAAACAGAGUGAUGAUUUUAAUAGGCAUUACUUCAUGAAGUGCAGUUUAGUCCAACUGGAGAGAUAGGAUAGUUUUUGUGUCGAUUUGACCCAUAAUUAUUUUUAUUUCCAAUGGGUAUAUGUUUUGUAUAUAUUAUUGAUAUAUAUUUAUAUUUUCUAUGAGGGAAUAUAUUGACGCAUGGUUUGAUAGUUUGCUAUGCUGCUGCUGCGGAACAUAUAUAUGUUACGUAUUACGUACGUACAUAUAUAUGUCUGUCGGGUCAGUCAUAAUAUCUAUACUUAAUCAACCUAAAUAAAAACUUAAAAAAGCCUUACAAGGAUUAAAAUGGCAUUUUGUUUAUGGAAUAGGAGGACAAACGAGCGUACUGGUGUUAAGUGAUCACCGCCGCCCACAUUCUCUUGUAACACCAGAGGAAUCACAAGAGCGUUGCCGGCCUUUAAGAAAGGUGUACGCGCUCUUUUUGAAGGUACCCAUGCCGUAUCGUCCCGGAAACACCGCACAAGGAUGCUCAUUCCAUAGCUUUGUAGUACGAGGAAGAAAGCUCCUUGAAAACCGCACUGUGGAAGACCGCCACACAUCCAGUUGGUGGGGAUGAUAUCCUAACAUAAGGCGUGUCGUGCGAAGGUAGAAUUCGGCGGCAGGAAUCAGAUUAAACAGCUCUUCGGAACACUCCCCGUGAUAAAUGCGGUAGAAGGCACACACUGAAGCGACGUCUCUACACAACGCCACGUGAUCCAGCCGUUCACAGAGCACUGAGUGCCCGACAAUUCGAGCUGCUCUGCGUUGCACGUGGUCAAAUGGAUCGAGCUGAUACUGGGGUGCGCCAGACCAGAGAUGACAGCAAUACUCCAUGUGUGGCCGGACCUGCGCUUUGUACAGCGCUAGAAUGUGGGCCGGCUUGAAGUAUUGCCGUGCUCUUAUGACGCCCAGCUUCUUCGAAGCCAAUUUGACUUUGCCCUCCUGAUGGCCACGGAAUUGGCAAUCGCUCAAGAUUUCGAGACCCAGUAUUCCGAUACUAGGCGAGGCUUUAAGGGAAGUGUUGUCGAAGAGCGGUGAUAUCGCAAACUUGAGUCUUCGGGGGUUAAAUUGUACAAGGUUCAAUUUACCCCAUUUCGCGACCUUCUCGAGAGAGGACUCGAAAGUAGAUACAAGUUUCUCCCGGCACUGUUCGACGAUUUCCCGAGAAAGACCUGCAUGGCCCGUGUAUACGGCAUCACCAGUGCUGUCGUCUGCAUAGCAAUGUAUGUUGGAGGUGUCCAACAUAUCAUUGAUAUGCAGAAGAAACAGCGUGGGAGAUAGCAUACAGCCUUGGGGCCACUCCAGCGUUCACGGGCUUGGGAUUCGAGCAAUAACCGUCGACAACGACCUGUAUGCUGCGCCCAGUGAGGAAGCUGGAGGUCCACUUGCAUAAGCUCUCGGGAAGCCCUAAUGAUGAAAGUUUUGAGAGGAGCGCCUUGUGCCAUACACGAUCAAAGGCCUUCGCUAUAUCCAAGCCAACUGCCAGGCCUUCCCCCUUGCUUUCAAUAGCCGCCGCCCAUCUAUGUGUUAGGUAUACCAGAAGAUCGCCAAGCGACCGACCAUGGCGAAAGCCGUACUGCCGGUACUCAAGGUAUACCAAGAGCUGGCGGUUAAUUAUGCUCUCCAUGAUUUUGGAGAGCAGGGAGGUAAUAGCAAUAGGCCUGUAGUUUGCCGGAUCCGAACUGUCUCCUUUUUUUUGGAUCGAAUGGUUCCAUGGCUGACUUCCAUGAGUCUGGGACUACGCCUUUACAUCGUCCAAGUAAACAAAAAAAAAUAUUUAAAACGAAAACUACUGGGCCAAACUAUGUUAAAUUUUAACUAGGUAUAAUAUAUAAGUGUAAAUAUGUAAAUAUAUAUAUUGAUAUUUUAGUAGCUGUUAAAUCCUUUUUUUUCUUCUCCUAUCCUAUGUUUUGUUAAUUUAUUGCCUUAUGUCAAGUUAUAUGUAAAUAAAAUCACUUUAAGGUUACCUAGAACUUUGAAAGAGAUCGCUGAGUAGCGAUAGAAGAAGGUCGCCUUAUUGUGCUACCAUAUCAUUACUAGUACUGUUAUAUACAAAUUGAUACUUUAUUUAUUUUUAGUGCAAUAAGCCUCCUUUUUGAAGUCGGUUAAAAAUCAAUAUAAUAUGUGAAAUGUUAAUAAAUAUAUUUUUAUAAUUAUUGUCAAUAAAUUAAUAAUUAAAACAAAAUCAUUAUAA